AUUACCAAGAAAAUUGGUCUUUAGGAAGUCUGGUAGGAAACCCAUGCGGUGGAGAACCGACAUUGCAUCAAAGUCUACUUGAACGUCCUGACUGCAAAUCGCAUCGUCUCCCUUAUUUACAAGUCCUCGCUUCUCUUCUAUCUCUCUUUCACUGUUUGGCUUGCUAAAGAUGGAACAGUCUCUUUCCACUCUUGCAUAUAAAGGUUCCAUACCUGAAGCAAUCAAUGUAGCAAAGAAUGAAAAGAAACUGUUUGUUGUCUAUAUCUCAGGUAAAGAUUCUGAGUCCAGUCAGUUGGAAAAUUCCACAUGGACUGAUCCUAAGGUGGCAGAGUCUGUAUCAAAAUAUUGUAUUUUAUUGCAUAUCCCCGAAGGAGGCGCUGAUGCUGCACAAUUUUCUGCAAUAUACCCACAGAAAUCAAUUCCUUGUAUCACAGCUGUUGGAUACAAUGGUCUGCAACUUUGGCAAAAUGAGGGGUUUGUUAGUGCAGAAGUCCUGGCAUCGAGUUUGGAGAAGGUGUGGUUGAGUCUUCAUAUACAGGAAACAACUGUGACUGUCCUUAGUGCAGCACUUGCUUCAAAGAAAUCAGAGACAUCUACUUCUGGUGUUUCUAGUAUGGGAUCUGAACAAGGAAGCUCCGCAAGUACAAUUGCUUUGUCACCUUCAACAGGAAAAAAUAGUAAAUUACCAGAAUCUACAAGAGAGGCUAACUCUAGCACAGGAGAGGAAAAUGAAAGUCGUGAAUGCACUGUUGAGGCAAAGGGUAAUGAAUUAGGAAGUGUGAUCUCUUCAAAAUUAAUUGAUACCAAAGAGGUAGAGAGUACUAGUGAAAAGUCCAACUCAUCCAAUGAAGCUACCAAAGAGUUACAGUGCCCUGCUACAGUAGACUUCGAGAAUGCUGUAGCUCAUCGUAUUUCUUCAAGUGCUGAAGAUAGUUCUCCUGCCUUGGAAAAGGAUUCUGAUAAUCAUUCAGUUUCAAUUGGAGGAUCACAAACUGAAGCUACCGUGGUUAUGCAAGAUGAGAAGGGUGAUUCUGUAGAUGAUAAAAAGAAUGAUGCAUUUGAUAAUGCUACAACGGUCAAGAAACUCAAUGAUGUUCAUUUAAAUAUCCGAAUUCCUAAUGGUGCUAACUUACAAGAGAAGUUUUCUGUGACAAGCACCUUGAGAAGGGUCAAAGACUAUGUUGAUCAACAUCAAACAAGUGUUGUUGGUUCUUAUGAUCUAGCCAUCCCUUAUCCUCGCAAGGUAUUCGAUGAUCAAGAUUUAUGCAAAACAUUAUCAGAAUUGGGUCUGUAUGAUAGGCAGGCACUGAUAGUGGUUCCUCACCGGCUAGAAACUGAUCAACCGAGGCCAACUACAAUAAAUAGUGUUGAUUCCUCGAAUGAAAGUAAUGGGGGAUAUUUUGCAUAUGUGAAGAGAAUUUUUUCUUUCAUAAAUCCUUUCUCUUAUCUUGGUGGAGAUUCCAGCUCCACAAGUUCUGGAGAACAGUCUCAGAAUGGCUUGUGGGAAUAUAGUCCAAAUGCCACCCUCCAGAGUAACUUGAACCAAGCAGGAAGUCGAAGCACUUCAGGAACCAGCAGAAAUGAUGAUAAAGGAAGGAAACCAACAACAUCACGUUUCGGAAGCAAUAUUCACACGCUGAAGCAUGAUGAAGAUGAUGGAAGGUUCAAUGAUAGAAAUUCUUUUUGGAAUGGUAACUCUACCCAGUAUGGUGGUGGUGGUGGUAGCGAUAAUGAUGGCAAAUGAGGUUUAUGGUUUUGACAGCCAGUCGAAUGAUUUAGACUUCAGGCUGCUAAGCGGUUUGCUUACUCUGAAAUCAAAUUUAAUUAUGAAAGUUGAUGUGGACUGUAGAAUGUAGAAUGCAGGUACUACCCAUAAAGUAAAAAAGUUACGAUGGUAUCAUUUUUUUCACUUUGUCUAUUUUCACAAGAAUUUAUAGAACAUAAAUCUUAUAAUAUUGUGUUUCAUGGUUGUAAAUAUUACUGUAUAUUUCAGAAAGUAAAAUUUUGUAGACAAUUUUCUCAAUCA